AAUAAAAUAAAAUAUUUAUACAAACACUCAGAGUUGAGACCGCUCUGCCUGGUCCACCGUUGCUCGGCGGCGUUGUUACAGAACGGAAAUGGCCGCAAGGCGAAUGAGAGCAUUCAAGCGGUGGAUGAGAUGGCAAUGCAUAGAUUGCAGCGACGCAUUGGAGUUGGUAGACGAAUACGAUGAAGAAUUAGAGGAAGGAGGAGGAAGCAUCUGUGUGAGAGCAGUCUGCGAUUUACACGAAGAGGACUUGGUGGCGACCAUACCAAAGCAGUCGUGUCUCACCAUCAAGACCUCACGCGCUAGCCACCUGAUCGAAGCCGCCGGUCUCGACGGGCUCUUGGGUCUCUCUGUCGCCCUCAUGUAUGAGAAGUCGCUGGGGGAGGACUCUCCUUGGUUUGGGUAUCUUCAGCUCUUGCCUCACUCCGAGUACUGCACACCCUUGCUUUGGACUCUAGAACAAAUUGACUCUCUCUUGUCUGGGACUGAGCUCCACAAGAUUGUUGAAGAAGACAAGGCCCUCAUCUGUGAAGACUGGAAAGAGUGCAUACUGCCUCUUUUGGCUUCAGCUCCUUUAGAGCUGAAUCCAGAUUUUUUCGGCAUUGAACAAUACUUUGCUGCAAGAAGUCUUAUUGCUUCUCGCUCUUUUGAGAUAGAUGAUUACCAUGGAUUUGGGAUGGUUCCUUUGGCAGAUCUCUUUAAUCACAAGACAGGAGCUGAGGAUGUACACUUCACUACUGUGUCUUCUCACCUAGAACCUGACAACGAUGCAGAAGAUGAGGACAAAAAUGAGUAUGACAAUGCUGGCGAUGGUGAAUCAUUAGAUCAGAAUUUGGAGGAGGAUGAACCCACAGUUCUGGAAAUGAUUAUUGUGAAAGAUGUCAAAGCUGGAGCUGAGGUCUUCAAUACAUACGGGUCCUUGGGUAAUGCCGCGUUGCUACAUAGAUACGGAUUCACAGAGCCAGAUAAUCCAUAUGACAUUGUGAAUAUAGGUCUAGAGCUGGUACACAAAUGGAGUUCAUCUCUGUUUUCAGGCCGUCACAGUAGAUCAAGGCUGUCUUUUUGGAGAAAAUUAGGAUACUCUGGAUGUAUCAGCCAGAACUCUGAGUACUUUGAAAUCUCAUACGAAGGAGAACCACAAGUCGAGUUGCUGAUUUUACUUUAUAUAAUCUUAUUGCCAGACGAAGCAUAUCGUCAGCUAGACCUUGCAAAUGCAACUAUGGGGAACUCAAACAAAUCUAUAGGCAUUAUUAUAUCGAAAAAAGGCGAGAUUUCAAUGGAAAAAGCUCCAGAAAUGAGCAAGGGUUUGCUGCUGACUGGAAGUGUGUGUGAUGCCCUUUGGUCGCUUGCAGGUAUGCGGGACAGUUGCUACGGUUCAAAUUCAGUAGAAGAUGACAUCAGAGCAUUGGAGAGGUGUUGUUGGGUUAGAGAGAGGAAGUUGUAUUAUUCUUUGGUGCUGCGUGUGAGUGAGAGGAGAAUCCUUGACAAACUCGGAAUUUAUGCUGAAACUGCCAAGAAAGCUUCCAUGAAGAAGUAGUUGAGGAAAUCCUAGUAUGUGGUACUCCAAAUAAUAUUCACUGUGCUUUGCUUCUCUCCUCCCCACCCCAGCUGCGGUGAAUAUGACAUCAAGCUAUAGGAGGCCUGCUUGCUGUCAUUUUAUCCACCCAAAAGUGCGGAAGAUUUUGGAACUAAGCAGAGAAAUAUGCAUCUUACUGACAAUUGAGGUAAAGGUAUACCUAAGAGUUGAGUAAACACUGUUAUUGAUGACUGUAAAAUUAUAUUUAUGCUGUGUGUGUGUUUUUAUUUUUAUUUUUUUGUCAAUGAGAUUUAUUGCAAAUUGAAAUUUGAUUUAUUUUGAUGGAAAAUUUUGCUUUA